AUGUUGAAAGCUGGCAAAAAAAGCAGAGCCGUGCCGGUGGCGAACUGGAAUGCUCUGUCAGUUGAGAUGAAGAUGGAGGUGAUCAAAAGAACUGAUAUUUUUACAAGGUUAGCUCACAGUUUUCGAAAAUGACAAUCAUCGCACAGAAUCGCUUUACGUCGAUGCUCGAAAUCCGACAAAUGUAUCGUCGACGCGAUGCCUGUUCACAUUCCCUACUUGCAAAUGUUUUCGCGAGUCACACCGACAAUCACGUUAGUUCAUUCUAUUUGCAAUAUAUCAAAGUCGGGUCAGAAAAACGGUUCCAGUGGUUGGUGGAAUCGAAGAGUGACUCAACGAACCACGGUUCAUGUGAUAUUGGCGUUCGACGAAACGCACAUCAUCAAGUUCCGACCGGUGGUUUCGGUACAUCCGGAAGAUAAAGAAACCAUCCUUUCCCAAGGACUCGUCACUUUUCUCCUCUCCGCCAAAAACGUUCGGAUCGAUUGUGUGAACACUGUGUUCAUAAACAAAGUAUUCGAUCUAGGAAGCAUAUGCGAACUGGUCAAAAUCGAAAAAUGGAUGCUAGGAGACGCACCAUUCAGUCUUGGUGAUCUCGUCGUCGAAAAACGAGAAGUAGAGAAGAGUGCGACGAACAACGAGAGUGCUAUCGUGUUUUUGGUCCAACAUUUUGCUUGGUCUAAAACGAUGUUCAACGAUUGUCACAUGGAAGCGUAUAACGUGGAUGACGAGGAGGAUCUGCUUAUGCACAUGGAACGGUUGGAGCCAAACGAUUUUCUGAUUGCGAUUGGAAACCACGCUGAAGGACUAUGGAACAUACUCAUGGAUGUUUCCGAUGGAGCCAUCGACGCCCAAGACCGCAACACUUGGAGAUGGAUCAACGUGGAUGAGCCGGAGUUCAUAUACAUGGCGAGGAACUCGUCGUGCGGUCAGAUCGUCCGAAUUACGAGAGAGGAAUCGGUAAGAAGGUUGAGAUCUAGUAAAAGUAAUUCGAGUCUGCAGAAGUUUGCCACGUGUCCGGAACGCUCGGAGAUUCCGUUCGAAGAUUGGAUGUACAUGCAGCUGGAGAUGGAGGAGAUGAGCAUACGGAACGAGCUGGAGGAAAAAAUGGAAAAAAUGGAGAAGGACUGUGAGAAGAAGUGGACAAAUAGACUCGUGCGGUUGUUCUCGAAAUCAUGA